AUGGUUACUGACAACACCAGCAAGUGUGACACAUUGAGAUUUGUUUUACCGUUAGAUGCUGCUGCUGCUACAUCAGAGCAUCAUCUCCUUGAGCCACUAUCUGCCCUGGAUAACCACAUGAUAGCAGAGGGCUGUCCGCAGUCUGUCAGUGACCCGCCCACCUAUUGUAUCAGAGCAGCAGGAGUUCUGAGGUACAAUCGGGAGUCUGACAACCACAGGAUGAACUUAACAACCACUCUACCAGAGCUUGUGACUGAGAGUGAAGUGAAAUGUGAGUACUGUGGAGAAAAGGCCCGACCUUCACUGGAUCUAACGUGGGCACGGGGGCCUGAGUCAGGUCCACUCUUCUGUUGUGCCCGGCGGCAGUGGCUGUAUGAGAUGCUGAUGAAGGAGAGAUGUUUGGCUGAGGGGAGGUGUGACCCGAGGACCAUGACAUCGCCCAUAGACAAGCCAGCCACAGAUACAGAGGAGCUUGUCCUCCAAGGCAAGGAGAUGGAGGACCACAACAAGUUCAUCAUGGACUUACCACUAGGACUCGGAGAACAAUCAGAACAGAGAGUCUAUGAGGAUUACUCACUCCAGCUACCUGUGGCAGAAACAAUUGCACCAACAUCAAAGGUCCUCAGCUUCCGGCUCUCCUGUGCUCUAGGAAAAGGAUGCUGGACAGUGUAUCCCUGUGGCGCAACUGAGAAGCAAUUGAAAACAAAAGAGGAAGAGGAGCAGCCGUUGAUCCCUUUUUGUGACCACAAGUCACUUAAAUUCGGCAUAUGUCAUCAUCAGGCUGGGGCAGAAUUUCUGCAGAAGUAUUAUCCCAAUGGGAUGAAAUUUCUCACUGUGUUCCCUGAUGGCUCUGCUCAGGUCUUCUAUCCCUCAGGCCUCCUGGCUCUCGUUGUCGUGGUCACUGAAGAAAAUGGAAGGGUCUGCAUCGUGUAUGAAGACAGUGAUGCCUCCUGUCAACCGAUUAGAGCGCUGUUCCAGUCCGAUGGCAGGGCGACAUGUUAUCACAGCAAUGGAAAUAUAUGGCUGACCUUCAACAGUUCAGGCGGUCAGUGUUUGGAUGAGACGGGUGCCAGGGUUCGUCGGUGGAGCUGGGGCAGCCCGAGCCUCACUCCCACUCCCUUACAACCUAUAUUCCUGUCCUUCAACAAAAGCGUUGGGGUCCGAGUCCUCGGGAAGGAACAAGUGUUUGUCUCCUUCCUGGCGAAAGGUCAACAGGUUAAGUUCAGUGUGGGCACCUGCUGCGCUCAGGGUGAAUGUAAAACAAACACGGCUGCUUCAGGACCUCCUGUACUGAAGGAGGAGCUGUUUGUGUUUGCAGCCAGGAUCAGGAUCAACCUGGCCAUUAAGCAUCUCCACCAGUGCCUGAUGACGCCCUCCCAUCCCCGGCUGCUGAAGACUACACAAGCCCCUCACCUCCAUGGUGUCGCCCAGAGUCUUCUGGAAGUCAGUGCUAAUGUGAUGAUGAGUGAGAGUGAAAGAGCCUUCAUCUAUAGGUGCCUUCAGGACUGUCUUAAAUGCACUGGCAAUAACUACACUGACACAGUGACAGCAGUGGCUAAUAAAUGUUGAACUUGUUUAACUGUGAUUUGGGUGUUUUAUUCUUUCGUUCCACAGUAACUAAAGGGAAUGUCAGGGACAAAAAUAAUAUGGCAUUUACAUAUCUGGGGGUCAUAGAAAAUAUUAAACCCCAAAACCACCUCUAAAUAACUCCAUGAAUGUCUCCAUAGCGAAUCUGGGUCACUGGUUUUCCUUCACGUCCUUUAAUCCCCCAAUUUUUUUUCAGUUGCUACUAACAAACACCCAUUUCUCUCAGAUUUAAGGACCCAACACAGCAGAGUCUGAGACACAGAUCAAGGUCAAUUACUGAAUUUUCAUGAGAACUAUCAGGCUCUUUAGAAGCUCACAGACAAGCCAAGACAGAGACAGGCUUGAGCGUGUUAACACUUGUCAAAUGUGUUGUGAUACAGAGAUGGCACACUGUGUAAUCUCUUGACUUUUCUAACAGCACAAUGGUAUUCUUGCAUAAAAUAUAUAACUCAAACACUUGCAAUGUUCAUUUUAACAAACCUUUAAGGCCUUGAUUUUGGUCACUCAAGAUCACAAACGGUAAAGGACUUCAAGGACUUACAGGAACCCUGUCAUAAUGAAGGGAUUUUUCAUUGUCAGGGACGUUGGCACUGUGACAUCACCACAUUGUACUCACACUUGAUCUGUUUUGUCUUCUAAUGAACUCUGCGGAUCAUCAAGUCUUCCUAAUUGGAUUAGGCUGAGCAGAUGGCUCAAGGAUGUGCGCUCAUGACUUGAAUCAAGCAAGAAGUCUGCUUUACGAAGAAAAAAAAAAAAAAAAAAAAAAAGGAGCUC